AUGCCUACAGCUAGGCAUCACUUUGCUCUAACCCUGACAGGAGAGUUUCCAAGGGAGCUGUCUCCAGGAGAAAUAUCGCCUGCUUCUCCUCCUAACGAGCUCGUUGAGUCAGCAGACUCAACUUCCUCUGCCACUCCAGGAUGGGUCAAAAGAGCACAUUGUGAUGCUGAUCUAGCAUCCAUCAAGGAAGAAAAGCCUUUCCAAGCAUGCAGCAAUGACCGCAGGACCAACAGAGUCCAUCCUGUUUCUUUGGAGGAGAGCUCUGGUGAAGAUAAUGACUUUGUAUCCCUCACCUUUCCAAAGAAAUUCUGGAGAAUUGUCCAAAGCCACCAGUUUCCGUCAAUUCAGUGGGUUGAUGAUGGCACCCGUGUUGUGUUCUUCAUCAAAGAACAAGCCUUCCAAAAAGAAGUGCUGGCACAGAGACAGCCUCGCAGAAUUUUUGAAGGAGACAGUAUGAAAAGUUUCCUUCAUCAGCUCAAUCUCUACAGAUUCAGCCAAGUGCAAUGCAACCCUGAAACAUCUGACUUGCUUGAUCAGUUUCUGAGAGAAGAAGCAGCAGCACCUCCUGCUUACAGCAAGGUACAUCACUUCUGCUGCACAUGA